AUGGCUCCAUCAACCAAGAAGACUGAAAAACACCACAAGCAGCAGGAAACCAAGAAGAUCAAGAUCUCAAAGGCCACAAAGACAGACAUAGCUGAAGACGAAGCUGAUUCCGACAAGAAAAAGAAAAAGUCUCGACAUGAAUCCUACAGCUCCUAUAUUUAUAGGGUUUUAAAACAAGUCCACAACGAACUUGAAAUCUCUUCAAAGACAAUGUCUAUCAUGAACUCAUUCGUUCAAGAUGUCUUUGAAAGAAUUGUCAAAGAAGCUGUCCAAUUGUGUAGAGUCAAUGGAAACAAGACUUUGUCAACAAGAGAGAUUCAAACUGCAGCCAAAUUAAUCCUCCCUGGUGAAUUGGCAAUGAAUGCUGUUUACGAAGGCACCAAGGCUGUUAUUAAGUAUAGACAAUCCUUCCCUAGACCACUGAUCAAGAUGAAGAAGAACGACGAACUUAUUGUGCCACCACUUGGCAGAAAUAAGAGAGUUAAAACAAAUUCGUUUUUUUUUUAA